CCCUUCAAUAUUCUAGACUUAAUCUAAUUGCAAUAAUUUGCGUCUGAAAAUAUACUCUCUAUAUCUCUAUCUCUAUUAAAUUUCUGGAUUUCUUGUGGUUUCAUUAUGUGAUUUAUUUGAAAACAAUGUCUUUAAAUAUACCGGAAUGUCCACCCAGUUUGAAAAGUAUACAAUAUUAUCUUAAAACAGCAUCUGAGCAUGAUUCCCGAGACCCUGUUAUUGCCUAUUGGUGUCGUCUGCAUUCAUUACAAGUCGGACUUAAACUGACAACAAAAAAAACACCAGAAGAAACCAAGAUUUUAAUGACUAUCAUGGACUGGUUGGAAGAAGCUAAAAAGAUUAACAAGGAUAAUGAUGCAAUAUCUAAUGAGGUUGUGGCUCAAGCACAUUUGGAGAAUUAUGCUCUUAAGUUAUUUCUUUUUGCAGACAAGCAAGACAGAGAGCAAAAUUAUGGAAAGAAUGUGGUAAAAUCUUUUUUCUUGGCGGGAAUGAUUUAUGAUGUCCUUACCACUUUUGGUGAAUUGACUGAUGAAGCAGCCCAAAACAUGAAAUAUGCUAAGUGGAGAGCAGCUCAUAUUCACAGCUGCUUAAAGAAUGGAGAGAUGCCAGAAGCUGCAUCACAACCAUCUGAGGACAGUAACCAAAACCAAAAUGAAGCAGGAUCAAGUGAUGGUGGACAAGCAACAACUCAAGGACCCGCAGUCCCUACCAGCUUUCCACAAGAGUUUGGAUUUACUGAUAGCACUCUGUCCCAACCUGUUAUACCUACCACCUACAGCAAUUCGUUACCAGAUCCAAAUGCCGCAUUAAGAGCAGCAUCACAACUUCCCCCAGUACCUUAUACGCCUGACCCUAACCCUGGGGGUUUUGUACCAUAUGAUCCCUCAGAACAACCACAACCAUCUCCAUCUACAGCAUCUUAUGGAGAUAAUUCAAUGCUAGUUGCUCAGCUUAGUCCCGAUCAAAUUGCUAAGGCACAGAAAUAUUGCAAAUGGGCUAGCAGUGCAUUGAAUUACGAGGAUGUUAAAACUGCAAUUUCAAGUUUGAGAAAUGCUCUAGAGCUCCUUCAGACAGGACAUGAUCCGGCAUAAAGAUAUUAUUGUAUUGUAUUUAAUCAAAUUAUUAUAAGUAUUAAAGAUAUAUAAAUUCAUAUGUGAAUAUAAUGCAAAUUGUAUAUGCAAUUAAUAAAAUUAUCCUACGAAAUA